ACAUCUUAAUGUUGAAAAUCCCUUCAGCAUAACAAAAUCUCAUAGAAAUUAUUUCUUUCCGUUACUUCAACUGUAGCUAAAUUUAAUCGAUUAGUGAUGUUCGUCAUACCUAAGUGAAUUAUUCGAUUGACUUUUUAUAGUACUGAGAAUAAGCGAGUGCGGUAGAUUCAUUAUUUAAACAGUAGGCAAAUAACUUCCGUCACACCACUACGUAGCAUAAAAUUCGCAUCGAGUGCGUCUGUGUGCGAUUGCGAUAUUCGCGAGUGACGGAGCACCCACAAAGAACAAACCUUUAGACCUUUUCACGGAAAGGAAGCAGCACAAAAAAGUUAAAAACAAGGGCGCUUGUUUUGAACAGAGAAAAAUUUUCAACCCGCUUGUGUUUUUGCUGGCUCAAAAACUUACCAGCUCAUCGGGAAAUUGCGUUGUUUCGAGCUUCCACUGAGUUAUUUUCAUCGAAGUUUGGUGGUUUCAUAGACAGCAAAGCGGCUAGCCAAUACAACUGUUCCGCAGUUCUUUCUUGCGAUCAGGCAACAACAUUUGGCAGGACACGAAGGUAAAAUGGCGAAUAUGGCAGUAUCCCGCAUCAAGAGAGAAUUCAAAGAAGUUCUUAAAAGUGAAGAGAUCGUCCAGUGUUCCAUCAAAUUGGAUAUAGUCAACGAUAAUUUUACCGAGUUGCGUGGAGAGAUUGCUGGCCCACCAGAUACGCCUUAUGAAGGUGGCAAGUUUUUACUCGAAAUCAAAGUACCCGAAACAUAUCCCUUUAACCCACCGAAGGUUAAAUUCAUCACAAAAAUUUGGCAUCCGAACAUUUCAUCCGUGACGGGAGCGAUCUGUUUGGAUAUUUUGAAGGACAACUGGGCCGCCGCAAUGACGCUACGGACGGUGCUACUGUCGCUGCAGGCGUUAUUGGCUGCAGCUGAACCGGAUGAUCCACAGGAUGCUGUAGUGGCUACGCAGUACAAAGAUAACCACGAGAUGUUUAUCCUCACCGCCAAACACUGGACUAACGUGUAUGCCGGUGGUCCCUGUCGGAAUGUUGAUUUUGACCAGAAAGUGCAACGAUUGCGCGAUAUGGGUGUGGCCGAUUACGAAGCACGUGCUGCUCUGUCGCGGCACAAUUGGCAUCUUGAGCGCGCGUCCGAACAACUAUUUAGUUAGUUUAAUCAAUUUCCGUAUGCGAUAAAUUCUUGUCUUUAAAUUUCCUAACCAUGUUAUUUUUAUUUUGUCGUUCAACUUGUCCACGUUGAUGAAACAGCACGUUUUUAAAACAAAGUUAUUGAAGCAUCGACGAAAAACGAAAAAUAAGCGCAUGUAAAAACUUAAUGACAACACUCAACAUUUUUAUAAAAAGACAAACGUCAGUAAACACUUAAGAACAUGAGCUAUUGCAGAGGAAUGGUGAUAUCGUAUUAUUAUAAUGAAACAGAUAAACCAGGUGUUUUCUACUCA